GGGGGCGGCGGGAGGCGCUGGACCCUAGCACCCCAGCUCGCCUACCCCUCGCUUCCUGCGUAGCCUGGGCCGGGCCAGCAGACGCUCCGGCGGGCGCGGGGAGGCCGGGCCGGGGGCGCCACGCGCACGGCGCGAGGGGCGCGGGCUGCCGGGAGGACCGCGGAGCCGGGGCGGGGGUGGGGGGGCGCGGGCGCAUGCGCCCUGCGCCCGUGCCAUAUUGGAAUGAGUCGGAGCGCGGAGCGCCGCCGCCGCCGCCGCCUCCGCCGGAGCGCGGGUGGAGGGGGGCGGGGAGAGCUGCCGGCCGCCCGGCUCCGCCGAGCCCAGCAGGAAGGAGGGCGCGAGCGGGCAAGCGCGGGCGGCGCGAGCGGAAAAAGCGCCCGCGCGGGCGAGCAAAAAGAAGGAAAGAAAGAAAGAAACGAGCGCGAGAGGGGGAAAAGCGAGCGCUAGAGCGAGCGCGCGCGCGAAAACUCCCGGCAGAUGCUGGAUCUGGUAUGGAAGAAGUAGAAUUAAGCUGGGAAGACUAUCUAGAAGAGACAGGGUCCACAGCAGUUCCCUAUGGGUCUUUUAAACAUGUGGAUACACGUUUGCAAAAUGGAUUUGCUCCUGGGAUGAAACUGGAGGUGGCUGUGAGAACAAAUCCUGAGACCUACUGGGUUGCCACCAUCAUUACUGCCUGUGAGCAGUUGCUUCUCCUCCGCUAUGAUGGCUAUGGAGAGGACCGGAGAGCAGACUUCUGGUGUGACAUCAGGAAGGCUGAUCUCUACCCCAUUGGGUGGUGUGAGCAGAAUAAGAAGACCCUUGAAGCUCCGGAAGGCAUCAGAGAUAAAGUGUCUGAUUGGGAUACGUUUCUGCGGCAGACUGUGAUAGGAGCUUGUAGUCCCCCUGUUUCGCUGCUAGAGGGCCUCCGCAAUGGACGGAAUCCCUUAGAUCUCAUUGCUCCAGGAUCCAGGCUAGAAUGCCAAGCUUUUCGGGACACUUUAAGCACGUGGAUAGUUACUGUAGUAGAAAACAUUGGGGGACGACUGAAGCUGCGUUAUGAAGGAGUUGAAAGUCCCAACAAUUUUGAACAUUGGUUGUAUUACUUGGAUCCAUUUCUUCAUCAUGUUGGUUGGGCUGCUCAACAGGGAUAUGAGCUUCAGCCUCCAUUAGCCAUCAGACAUCUGAAAAAUGAAACUGAGUGGCAGGAGAUUUUGGCUAAAGUGAAAGAGGAAGAGGAAGAGCCAUUACCAUCUUACUUAUUUAAGGAUAAACAAGUUAUUGGCAUUCAUACAUUCUCUGUAAAUAUGAAAUUGGAAGCUGUGGACCCCUGGUCUCCUUUUGGGAUCUCUCCUGCUACAGUCGUUAAGGUUUUUGAUGAGAAGUACUUUCUGGUGGAAAUGGAUGACUUGCGACCUGGGGACCAUGCACGGCGAUCGUUUGUAUGCCACGUCAACAGUCCUGGCAUCUUUCCUGUGCAGUGGAGUCUGAAGAAUGGUCUACACAUCAGCCCGCCUCCAGGCUACCCACACCAGGACUUCGACUGGGCCGACUACCUCAAACAGUGUGGUGCUGAAGCUGCUCCCCAGAGGUGCUUUCCUCCGUUAAUUUCUGAGCAUGAGUUUAAGGAGAACAUGAAGCUUGAGGCAGUGAACCCUCUUUUUCCUGAAGAAGUAUGCAUUGCCACCAUUACUGCAGUGAGAGGGUCCUACCUGUGGCUGCAGCUGGAGGGUUCUAAGAAGCCUAUACCCGAAUGUAUUGUGAAUGUGGAAUCCAUGGAUAUAUUUCCUUUGGGCUGGUGUGAGACCAAUGGCCACCCCCUCAGCACUCCUCGCCGGGCACGAGUACAUAAACAGAGGAAAAUUGCAGUGGUUCAACCAGAAAAACAAGUACCAUCCUCCAGGACUGUCCACGAGGGCCUGAAGAGUCAGGAGUCAAACUCCACUGACUCAGUUAUGGUUAAUGGAAAAUAUUGCUGUCCAAAGAUAUACUUCAACCACCGUUGCUUCUCAGGGCCAUAUCUUAACAAAGGAAGAAUUGCUGAGCUGCCUCAGUGUGUAGGACCUGGGAACUGUGUUCUGGUCCUCAGAGAGGUCCUCACUUUACUUAUCAAUGCAGCCUAUAAACCUAGUCGUGUCCUUCGGGAGCUCCAACUGGACAAAGACUCGGUGUGGCAUGGAUGUGGGGAAGUCCUAAAAGCCAAAUAUAAAGGAAAAAGUUAUCGGGCUACUGUUGAGAUAGUGAAAACAGCAGAUCGGGUAACUGAAUUCUGCCGGCAAACCUGUAUUAAACUGGAAUGCUGUCCUAACCUCUUUGGUCCGCGGAUGGUUCUGGAUACAUGUUCUGAGAACUGCUCUGUACUUACAAAGACCAAAUACACACACUAUUAUGGAAAGAAGAAAAAUAAAAGAAUUGGAAGGCCACCUGGUGGGCAUAGUAACUUAGCUUGUGCCCUGAAAAAAGCCAGUAAAAGGAGAAAGAGACGGAAAAAUGUUUUUGUUCAUAAGAAGAAACGUUCCUCUGCAUCUGUUGAUAAUACCCCAGUGGGCUCACCCCAGGGAAGUGGAGGUGAGGAUGAAGAUGAUGCAGAUGAAGGGGAUGAUGAUUCCCUAAGUGAGGGCAGUACAUCUGAGCAGCAGGAUGAACUACAGGAAGAGUCAGAAAUGUCAGAAAAAAAGUCAUGCUCCUCUUCUCCCACCCAAAGUGAGAUAUCCACCUCACUGCCCCCAGACAGACAAAGGAGAAAAAGAGAGCUUCGCUCUUUUUCAUUUUCUGAUGAUGAAAAUAAACCUCCUUCACCAAAGGAAAUAAGGAUUGAAGUUGCUGAAAGGCUUCACUUGGAUAGUAACCCCCUGAAGUGGAGUGUGGCGGAUGUUGUGCGGUUCAUCAGAUCCACGGAUUGUGCUCCAUUAGCAAGAAUAUUCCUAGACCAGGAAAUUGAUGGGCAGGCCCUGUUGCUCCUUACCCUUCCCACUGUUCAAGAGUGCAUGGACUUAAAAUUGGGCCCUGCCAUCAAGCUUUGCCAUCACAUAGAAAGGAUCAAGUUUGCUUUUUAUGAGCAGUUUGCCAACUGAGAAGGACAACCAAAGUAAGCUGGAUCUUUGAAGCACAAAUGCAGCAAAUCCUUCGCCCUGCUCUUGAAGUGGAGCUGAAAUAGACCUGGGGCUCUGGGCCCUGCAGGUGUCGGCUUGCUCUCUUUGCACUUUCAGGGAAGGAGGACUCAUACCGAGGAAGCAAAAAACGGCACAAAAAUGACUCUCCUGCCAUUGGAAACGUGGACAUUUCAUGUUCGGCAGAUUAUACGUUUUUUAAAAAAAUAAAGGUUGUGAGGAAAAAAACUCAUAAGAAGAAUAAGCAUUUCCAGUAGUGUAGCCUGAAAACAGAAUAAUCUGGGCAGCUGGAUAGCACUGUUGUGGUUGUUUCUUUUCAUUCUGUUCUUUCCCACUGUAGACUGAACUUUGUUCUCUGCUUCUCUUUCUUGGGAGGAGAGGACAUAGCUUUAAGUCAGCACUGAUUUAGGACUGCCUAAGGCACAUCAGUGCUUCAUUGUCAUUGUGUUUUUAAGCUUUUUAAAAUUAAAACAAUUAAUUUUGGGGAUGAUUAUGUGGCUCUAGGGUUUUGAAUGUAUAGUCACACUUUGAUCCAUUUUUAAAAUCUAUUCUUAAGAGUUCCUUUGUUUACUACCUCUGUUGAUAAUUGAGCUUACAGCCAUGAAUGAGGUUUUUUGUAUGAUGUCAUUUUUAAGCUUCGUGAACACUAAUACUAUAACAGAAUUUGAAGGGGGAAAAACACUGUUUGCUUUCUUAAAAACAUUGUAUGGACACUUAAACCAGUUUUUUAACUGACCUGCCCUAAGAACUCUGCUGUCAUUGUUUUUUAUCUUGACCCAGCUCUGGCUACCUGUGUUUAAGUAGCCUUACAAGCAUUGUUGGUAUUUCAGUUUAAUUGCUUUCUCCCUGUUAGGUCUCAGAGGGGUGUAAAUGGCUUUUAUUUUGUAUUUACUUUUCUCUAGAGUUGUUUGUCUACCUCUGUUUCAUUUCUAGAGUCCUUUGGGUGAAAAUCAGUAGGUGUUCCUUAAACCCACUGUAAAGCCCAUUUCCCGUGCUUUCUAGGUAUUUCCAGGUAAACAGUUAGAAGCACAAAGAGAAAAUGUGAUUUUGGGGGUGCACAGAGCAUGAAUUUCCUGAUGGAGUAUCCUCAGUGAUAGGAUAAAGAUUGAGAGGUGGUUAAGGAGUCUGGAAACCUCUUUGCCUAGCCACAUUUGCUUUUCUUUACCUAAACCUUUAAAUUGAAUGUAAUUUACAGUCUGAGGAUUCUCACUUAACACUCAGUAUUCUUUUAGGUGUUUCUUUGGAUUCAGCUCACAUUGACAUGAAAUUCCAGAAGAAUUUUCACUUAUGAUUGCAUUGGUAGCUCUUAUAGAAUAACAGCACUUCUUUAUACUGUUCUAACCAUGGAGAAUGAGGAAAGACAUACAUAGAUUGCCUCCCUUAUAUGGUUUGCUUUGCCGUUUAUUUAUUUAUUUAUUUAUGUUUUAAUUGUCCUAGUCACCUGCAAAUUUAUAACCUAAUCAUUCCUCCUUGAGAAUUAUGAAAAUGUUUUAAAACUGCUAACUGGGUAAACUCUGAACAACUAUAAAAAUAUAAGGCAAUAUUAUUACAAAUUUAAACUGAUUGUGAUUUUUUUUUUCCUUUUCUCUACCCAACACGCUCUUAUUUUUGUGUACCUUGGCAGUUUAUAGUCUGGAUCCUCUUUUCAUUGGAUAAUUCAUGAGCCACCUGAACUCAGGUUCUCUAACCAAAUCAUAAAGCACUAACUUUGCUUAGGCUACUAACAUAUAUUUGGAAAUCAGCUCCAGAAGUAAAAGUUAAUGUAUUUGAACUUAUUCAGAGAUCCAGUUUUUAAAAUUUCGAUUAAUUGUAUAUCCAUGGAGAAGAAACAUACGAUGCUAGCAAACAACAGCAUCAAAGGAGGUGGUAUUGGGGUGAUGGUUAUCUUGUUUAAUAAUGUUUCCCAGAAGCUCAGCACUCAAGGCAGUAGGUCAAAAGAGGGUUCCUUGAGGAAGAGCAGUGGAAUGCAAAACUUCUGGAAUUAAUGUUUAGGGCCUCCCAUCAUUGUCUUAUUUAGGAAAAUGAAAUAUAAGAGGGCAUUUUCCAAAUAUAACAACAAUGAAUGUUAUUUUGCCUGUCUUCUUGACUUCUUAAGAAAUGACAGAAUUUAGGACCACCUCUUUUCACAGAUGAGGAGCUGAAACCCCUGAAAGGUGAAACACACUGCCCAGAGUGGUCUGUGAUCUGGAUAGGUUUGGGGAACAACAGGCUUGUCUAUACCAUGAUUAUUCAGGCUUAGCUUUCUCCUAGAGAAAGGCUGGCCCUAAAUUGACCAGUGAGUUGAUUUUCCUGCACUAUGUCUUGCCUUCUACUGGAAUACAGUUUAUUGGACAAUCACUUUAAAAAAGAAUUAUAUUCCUCAGUCCCUAGUUCCAGAUACUACAUAUGAGAAGAUAAUGAGAAUUUAAUUUGGCACAGGGCAUUUUUUUUAAAAAAUUGAAUAUCAUCCUCUUAAACUGGAAAAGUUGACCUACCAUAUUAGAAUAUAACUACUAUAUCAGUGUGCUGGGGAGAUCUUUUACUGCACAUGCAUAUUUGCUCUGACAUUUUAACUAUAUUUUGUGUGCUUCUAGGACUCAGCUAUUUUUAUUUGUGAACCAUCUUUAUCUUUCUCAUAGCAGAGUUUGAAGGGACUAAUGUACAGAAUGCCUUAAUGGGGACUUUUUACCCUGUAUUUAGCAAUGUGGGUGGUUCCUGGUAUCUAUGACAUAAAUUUAUGAGGUCAAGAAAGGGUAUUUACCAACCUCUAGAAACAGUGAUCUUCUUGGUAAAUAUUUAUUGAAUUAUGAUACAGACAUAGAAAGCCAAUCAGAAUUUGGCCUUUAUAUGUCUUUUUUCCUGGAAGUAAAAUUAUUCUCACUGUGAGAGGACAUUGGACCAAAGCUUUUUAAUGAAUACAUUUUACUUGCUCUGUAGAACCAAUCCAUUCACUAGGUGGUACUGAAUAUAGCUUAAAAGCUCUAGGAGACCCCAGAUAAGGUAGGACUCAGAACUGUUCCUUUCUCAAGCAAACAACUCUUUCCAAGGAACACAGAACAUCAGGAAAUUUCGAUUGGGACACUGUGAAAACUGUCCCUGUCACUUACAUUUACUUGGCAUCUAUCACCAAAGACUUAUAUUUAAGACACCCCUUUACUGGUUUGAUUGAUUUCCACCAAAGCCUUAGGUUUGAACUCUGGUCCUAUAUUGGGGGUAUUCCAUAUAUGAGCAUGUGUACAAGUUGAAAAAUAUUCUGUUACCAGUAGGAAAUAUGUUGGCUUACAAAAAUGAAGAGAAAUGCACCACUAACAGAAGUGGAAAUAUAAAUCGUGGUAAGGACCAGGUACUCUCGUAUUAAAUUUUUAGUGUUUUUGGUCCUGAGUCUUAUUGUAAGUAACUGGGUUGUCAUGGCUAUGGUGCUGGCUUAAAAACUGUAGGACAGAGAGAUUCCUGCAAAACCAAAAAGAAAUAAAUCACUUUCCUGCCACUAUAAUUCUUCCUAGACUUUAUUCACUCUAAAUAUUUUACUAGUAAAUUUUGAUAACAUCCUUGUGUGAAAAUGUACUUACUUAGGAAAUUUGAAUUUAUCCAAAUAAGCUACCUAAUGGACUUGGAAUUUUGGUGUAGAGUUCUAAACUCUAAGCUCAGUCCAAAUGAAUGUGGCUUUAAGACCACUGACUUGGGAUGUUUUCCUUAGUACUUGUCUCAAACCACACAGGUAGCCUUGUUUCUGAGGGCAGCCUUAGGGAUGAGGUAUAGAAGAUAGUGGUAGUGCACUUUAAAAAAAAGUGCCUAUUGAUUGUUUUGGCUAUAGUGUAUAAGAAGUCAGAUUUUCAAAAGAGCCAGCAAAACCAGGAUUGGAGGGUUAAGGGGAUGGAGAAGGCCUAAAAGGCUCUCCCCUUAUGCUUUUUCUGACUGCUUUGUCCUGGUGCAGAGGCCUAUCACAAAGGAAUGUUGUAAAAGGGAAACAAGUCACAGCCUUGCUGGACAAGUCUUCAACAUCAGCAUUAAAGCUCAGACCUGAGCCAUGGGAGGCAAAAGAUAAUGCUGACUAGUGAAAUGGUGCCACCAUUGCUGAUGGGGUGGGGUGCCUAUUCUCAGGAUGUGUGGAAAUUUGGGCCUCAGGGUUUCUGCAUGGUUUGUUCAAUCUGUUUGCCUAGCUUGGCAGAAUGAAGGUGGUCCAAUAGUGUUGAAAGGAUGCUUUGGGAUUAAAUCAAGUCAUAAAGCAGAUGAUUGAGGGAGGUUACAACGUACAAAGUUAAAGCUGGGUGGUCCCUUAACUCUUGCGAGAAUCCUGGUGAAAGGUAGUUGAAUGAAUGUUUCUCUUGAGAUUUUAAGUGUUCAUGUCUUUUCCUCUCCCCAUCUCCCCUUCUUCCUUUUUUUGGUUGGGUAUUUCUAAAGACAAUCAGAGACCUGCCAGGGAGCCAUGGAGAGACUCCUGACUGGUUACAGCACUGUCCUUAGACCUCUUUCUAAUCCUAACUCAUUGGAAUUGAUGCACUUUGUUUAAUGUACCUUGCUUUUUUUUUUUUUUUUUUUCUUUUCUUUUUAAAACUGUUUGGAACAAAAUGAAAUGCUUAUUGCUUGCUGUUUCUCCUCUUAACUUAAAAAAGUUACGCAUUGAAGGUAAAGAACACGUAAGGGGAAAUAUGCAGAAGAAUUCCUUUUAAAUAACUCCCAUCCAGUUUGAUGGUAUACUUCAAAGGAUUAAAAAAAAACUAUUUUGGAUGAAUAUUUGUGUUUUCCUUUUCUUUUUGGUAAAUAAGUUUAUAUAAGCUUGUGGCAUAUUAUGACAGUUUUAAAUGGUUGUGAGAAAAUUAAAGGAAAUAGGUCUUAAGCUCUGUUUAACUUUUAACUUAAUUUGUGCUGAUUUGACAGUAAGGAGGACAUUUUGACAAGAGUACAUUUGUCAAAAUUCUUUCUAGUGGGACCUCAGAAUCAAUUCUGAGUGAAUGAGAAAGUUCCUUCCUACUAAUAAAAUUCCAGAAUUCUUCCCCUUCUUGCUGUCUUGUCCUUUCCCCUCCAGAUUUAGAUACUUUUUUAUUUCAGCUCAGGAAAGGUAGGAAGAACAGAAUUCCUGGCAUUGGGGAUUCUACUCCUGAUCUCUAAAAUGUAGUUCUUAUUCUCCAGAGGCAUUGAGGAUUCAUCCACAUUUCAAUGUGCAGAGCAGUGCUGUGUUCAACUUCAGUUUUCAGCCUUAUGUGCAAGUUUUCCCUGAGCUGUCUGUGUGUUCAAGCAACUAAUAGUCUCCUUAUGCCAGUCACAAUUUCCUCUGCUUUAAGACAUAUCCUCUUGUUCAGUUCUCUAUGAACAAGUACUGUUAAUCGUCAUGGGUCCUCAUAAUAUCCCUCUUGGACUUGAAGGCAGGGAUGCAAUUUUAAUUUUCCCAUAUCCACUUAUUUUCUUAACCAGAUUUUCUGUAUUUACUUGUGGUCAAUAUUUGUGGAGAAUUUUUAAAUUUAUAAAUUAAAACUCAG